AGAAAGAGAAACGUCAGUUCUAGUUGACAGUUGUCAAUCGCAAACGUUAGUGUUGGUAUUUUCAUUUCGAUAUUUAGGCUUGUGCAUUAAAACAACAAAAUCGGGAGAAUGGCAACAGCUUCAUCACCCGAAAAAAUUAACGCUGAAAGAAGAAAACGGGUUUUUUUGGGUUCUCUACCACCUGAUUUUCUUCGCAUUUCCGCCACGUCUCAGCAGCAGCAGGAGGCCGCCGACCAGCAGACAGCUUUAGCCUUGCAGCAGCAAUUUGCUGAUGCGCCCCUUAUGCAAAAUCUAACUGGCAGAUUAAACAUCACCGUUGCUCAGGCAAAGCUGGUGAAGAACUAUGGUAUGACUCGCAUGGACCCUUAUGUGAGGUUGCGAGUGGGUCAUUGCGUCUACGAAACUCAUACUGAUCCCAACGGUGGAAAGAAUCCUUCCUGGAACAAAGUUGUACAAUGUCUGUUGCCGCAGGGUGUGAACAGUCUUUACUUGGAGAUUUACGAUGAGUGUUCGUUCACAAUGGAUGAGCUUAUCGCAUGGGCGCAGAUCCCUAUUCCAAAGGUGGUGUUUUCCGGGGAGACUCACGAGGAAUGGUAUCCACUCAACGGCAAGCAAGGAGACGGCCAAGAGGGGAUGAUCAACCUAGUACUCAGCUAUGCUAAAGUGCCGAUGAACCCUUACGGCAUGUACACUGCUGGAGGUGUAGCUCCUAUCAUGAUGGUGCCGUCGACGGCCUCCCCAGUCUAUGGACUGAGGCCGUACGCUCCUGUACCAGUGUACACCCAGCACCCUCCUCCAGUCGCCCCUCCUGUCGAGUUGAAAGAGGCAGACUUAAAACAGGUGGAAGAAAUGUUCCCCAACAUGGACAAAGAGGUUGUAAAGUCUGUAUUUGAGGCCAAUGGAGGCAACAAAGACGCAACAGUCAACUCACUACUGCAGAUGUGUGAGUAACCAGCGGCUGAUUCCUACCCAAACUGUUUCCAUUUUUAUACACUGUCCUUAGCCUAAAACAGCUGGAAGUAUUUGUUACAGUUUCACUACUUUUAGAUUUUCUAUUACUUAGAUAAACUAGCUUUAAUCACAAGGAAGGCCAAGAGGAAGCACUUAGCUGUAAACAAAAACAUAAUACAGCAUAGGAAAUCCUCACUAACAUAACACCCAGUAGAACACAUUAAGUCGGUUGUUGUUUUCUUUCACAUUUUCAUAAUACCUACUAUUAAGGUUUCAACUUCUGGAAAAAUUUCAAAAGUUCUUUUAUUAAAGACACUAUAACUUUCCUUUAAAUUAGCCUUUUACUCAACGCCUAGUAAUUUUUGAUCUUCUGUGAUAAACAACAUUUAUUAUUGUAAUUUAAAUUUGUUGUACAUUAAACUUUAGAUACCUAAUCUGUUGUUAGAAUAUGUAAACAAUCUGAACAAUCUAAAGAAAGGUAUCAUGUAAAAUUUAAAAUUUAUAAAGUGAGGCUUCCAUGCUACGGAAUGGUCUAUAAAGUUUUGUUGGGAAACAACAUUAAAAAUACAAGUUAAUUGUCUUCAAGACAGGCAUCUUACUUAAAUAAUAUUAUAUGUACCUAUUAUUAUAUCACAUCAGCUUUGAGUUGAUAGAAAAAAAUCAACACCCAGACAUUUAAAAAUGUUUAAUAAAACUUGCAAUAAUAAGAAGAAUAUUUUACAGAACGUGUUUAAAUCAUUUCAACAACCUCUAAAUAGAGCUGCAACUGGUUGAACUAAAUAUCAGCAAUUAGGCCAGUGGUUCCCAACAGGUGGUCGGCACGAGACUUGGAUGUGACAAAUAAGUGAUAGUUAAUUAAUUAUUGAAUGGAA